ACGAGUGUUGAGCUGGCUGCAGUAGUGCUGGUAGCAGCCUUUCUUUUUAAUGUAAACUGCGAGCUAGUGCAUGGGUUUAAGCAUUUGCUGUGUCCUUGCAAGGAAGGUAUUUUUGUUGGGGCAAUACAAAACAGCAUGGAUGACUGCAUGUCGCCCCAAGGAAAUGUGGGUUGAGGUAAAUGCUGACUUGCAAAGUUAGCUUGGAUAUAUUAUUUUUCUCUGUGUUUAUUUACCUUUCUGUUGAGUUUUCUACUAGAUUGGAUGAGAACAUUACCCUGACCUGCCUACUGUCAGCUUGAUUCCUGCAUUUUCUUGUGCUUAAGUAGUGCAUUACAACGUCUGGAUUAUAAACACGCCAGGGGAAUGUUUUAAAUCCUGCAAGUGGGGAUUUGCAACCUAAGUCUUGUGGAAACAUUCCUACUGAAAUUGGGUUAUAUUAAACCUCCCCAAAGUGUGGACUCACAUUGUGGACAUUGCUCGCUUGUCCAAGUCAUCCACUUGUUUACUGGCAAGAAAUUCAGGAACUUUGCAUAUCCUCCUCCCCUUGCUCCUGGGUGAAAUUCACCCUUUGAUAAGUGUUGCUGUGGUCUGUGAAACCCUUUGUUUGUUCUUGAGUGAUCAAAAUAAGUCUGAUGCAGGAUUUUAGGUGACUCGGACGUCGUGAAAGAGAAUUUCAGGCAGGAGGUUAAAAUUCCUACAGCAGGAUAGGCAAAGAUAGGGGAUCUCUGUAUGCAAAUGCCCCCAGAGGAGAGAAUGGGAGCAGAACCUGCAGAAAUGCGGUGUGAAGAAAGAAUAAGUUAACAUGUACAAGGAAGAGAGGGAGGAAGGAAAAAGGAUAUCUGGCAAGUAAUUUAUAAAUAUCACCAGAGAUGUGAGAGAAGCCAGCAUUCCAAGCACUGCAAAUGGGGAGCUGGCACUCAUGUUGUCUCUGGUAGGCAAAUGGUCAUCCCUGUUCCUGGAACGUUACUUAAUGUGGGAUGUAGUCACCUUUGGAUAUAACUUAAGGGGUUGGGUGGGAAAGGGUGUUGUGAGUUACAGCAAAGUCUUGUAUCUGAGGAUACAGCCUCUGAUUUCAACCUUUGAUCUCUGCUGCAUCUGGGGUGGGGGAAGAGUUCAGCAGAUGGUUUUAAAAGCUGAGCAGGUCACUGCCAGGAGAGCCAGAAACCGGAGAGCCACAGGGAGGAGAGUCCCAGUGGUACCCACUUCUGCGGAAGAGAGAGCAUCCCACUGAACAGUGACUGUUGCAGGAGCAACCUCCAGAAGCCAACUCCUGAAGUAAGACACCGAGCUACUGGCUGGAUACAGGAGAGAAGAGAAAGCAGAGGCUUUAACUUCGGUUGUGAAUGAGGUCUGUCCCUGGAGGUGGAAGCUGUGGGAGAGCUUUGAGGGACAGCACAAAGGGGAUUUUGCUCUGAAAUCUGGAUUGACCAUGUCUCCUCCAGUCUCUUCAGACCUGGGCUAUGUACCCCCUGAUGGCGGAUGGGGAUGGGCAGUGGUGUUCGGAGCCUCCAUCUCAGUUGGGUUUGCAUAUACCUUUCCUAAAGCUUUCACAAUCUACUUCAAAGAGCUCCAGGCUGUUUACAGCAUCUCCUACAGCCAGAUUGCCUGGGUAACAUCCAUCAUGUGUGCUACCACCUAUGGAGGAGGUCCCAUUAGCAGUAUUCUAGUAAACCGCUAUGGCAGUCGACCCGUGGUUAUGUUGGGAGGCCUGCUGUGUGGCAUUGGGAUGGUCUCAGCUGCUUUCUGCACCAGUAUCAUGCAGCUCUACAUCUGUGUGGGCUUCAUUACAGGACUGGGCCUUGCUCUCAACCUCCAGCCAUCAGUGAUAAUGAUAGGGAAAUACUUUCUGAAGAGAAGACCCAUUGCGAAUGGCCUUGCUAUGGCAGGGAGCCCCGUGAUGCUUUGCACCCUGGCUCCUCUCAAUCAGUUCCUUUUUGACAGUUUUGGCUGGAGAGGCAGCUUCUUAAUCCUUGGGGCAAUUUUACUGAACUGCUGUGUGGCAGGAGCUCUCUUCAGACCCAUUGGGCCAGGCACAGCAUCAGUCAAAACUCAGGCGACCGAGGAAGGGAAGGGUUCUCUGAAACGAGAAGUCACUGAAGAUGCCAUGGAAAUGAGUAGUCCCACAAACCUGCCCAUGAAGAACAAAACAGAAGAGGAAGGAGACAGGGACUGUUGUGAAAAAAUCAAUCAGUACCUCGAUUUUUCCCUCUUUAAGCACAGAGGGUUUUUGAUUUACUUGAUUGGAAACGUGCUCAUGUUCCUGGGCUUUUUUGCCCCCAUUAUUUUUCUGGCACCCUAUGCAAAGCACAUUGGCAUUGAUGAAUAUUCAGCUGCUUUCCUCCUUUCAAUCCUUGCUAUCGUGGAUAUAGUUGCCCGUCCUACCACUGGCAUCAUUGCAAACAGCAAGUGGGUGAGGCCACGGAUUCAAUACUUUUUCAGCUUCUCCAUCGCUUUCAAUGGCACGUGCCACCUUCUGUGCCCACUGGCUUCGAGCUACACAGGACUCGUUGUCUAUUCUGUCUUUUUUGGCUUGGCUUUUGGCAUGGUUUGUGCCAUGCUCUUUGAAACACUCAUGGACCUCGUGGGAGCUGCCCGGUUCACAAGCGCUGUUGGCCUGGUCACCAUUGCAGAGUGCUGUACAAUACUGCUGGGGCCACCUAUUGGAGGAACGCUUAUCGAUACCUUUGGGGACUAUAAAUACAUGUUCAUUAAAUGUGGAGUUGUGAUGGUCCUGGCAGGAACCUUCCUGUUCAUAAUGAAUUAUUAUAAUUAUCGCAUGCUUGCCAAGGAGGAAAAGGAGAGAAAAGCAAAAGAAGAGGAUCCUAAAACUGUAAAGACAGAAAAUGAAGUCAGAAAUAACUGGAUCAAAGAAACCACACAGGAUGGGCCUGAGCUAGAACCUUUGAGAGAGGAACAAGAAGGACCAAAGAAGGAAGUGAAUGGCAUAAUUGAGGUUUAAACCUGUUUUCAUGGGCUCAAUGGAUAUUAUUUCUGGGUUAAGUGGAUGCCAGCUGUGAAAUCAUACUAGGUUUUUAAAUUUUGCUCUAUGUCCUGCGAUGUCCUUCCUCUUCUUUGUUGUAGGAGAAGACUAGAACAGAAACAAAUUUGGUUUGUUGUAAAGUGCUAGGAUACAGUGCAGUAUCUGUACUACACCUCUACAUAGUGCAAGGCCAGUGGCCAUCAAAAUCAAUGCAGAGCUCUUCCAGCAGCCUGACAGGCUUUGUGCUGAGUGCUGUGGUGGCUGGAUCUUCCCACCAUGUAGUUAAAACUCUUUGACUCUCUUUGACUGCAGUGUUGGAAUUAUCCCAGGGAUAUGGUGCUGCCUUCCACUGGCAGCUGCACUGUGACUUGCACCUCUGGCUCAUGGAAAUGUAAAAUAGACUUUACGCUCAUCUUAAAUACAACAUGAGAGAGCUGUGUGAGCAGAACAAGGGCAGGACAUAUCUGUGCAUUAGGUGACAGCAAGGCAGCCUGUUCCUGUGGCCAGAGCAUGCUAGGAAGGAACUAACAUGGCUGGUCAUAGCUUGACCAGGGACUUUCUCAGGGACCUCUGCAUUAGCAAAAUGCCUUGAUAAAGGUGAUGUUGUGCAGAUGCCAGCAUAACAAGGCCAACAUGCUGCAGGAGUCCUUCUUCCCGGACUGAAAUUAUCUAGGACAGAAAUUCAGUCUUAGAGGGCUUAAACUUUGAACUAUAUUUGAUCAGUUCUUUAAAGUUUUCCUUAGGAGAUUACAAAGUCCUUAUUAUGUAUCUGAGUGCCUUACUGUUUUUAGCAUGCUUUUUCUUUACAAUACCCUGGUGAGGCAGUAAGUGUUGUUACUAUUAAUUAAUCAUACAAUGGAGAACUGAAGCACAGAGGGAGCUAUGGGCAUCAUUGCAUUGGUGAGUGAUGCUGAGGGAUGCCAGAGCUGAAAUGGGAUUCACUGCCCCGAAUUAGGUGCCUGAAAGUACAGGUAUUAGGUGCUGAGCACAGGUACCCUCCUGAUGGAAAAUGGGGAAAUACCAUGAAUAGUUGUACAUUAAACCGCAGCCCUCUCUGCAAUCCAGCCUGCUUACUUUGUGCUUCAUACUACUUGGGAUUAAUGAUUUUAAACACUGUUUUAGAGCUGUGACCUUGCGCCGUACUUUUUUACCCUGGUUAUGUUGCAUCCACCCUGAAGGGAAUCCAAACACAGCUGCCUCCCCUCCUUGUUUGGGCCGGGUUAGAUACCUCCCUAUUGCUAGCACUGGAAUACCUGGUGGCUUCAUGCCAUCCUGGUGCAUGAAGUAGUUUCCCCAGGUCAGUGAUGCAGAGCUGGAGCUGAAGCCACAUGGAAAGCUCUCAUUGAGUGGUGCUGAUUUUGAGCUGGGAAGAUCUGGACUCUGGCAGCAAGCAGUGAUGUAUUGUACGACAAGUAACUGUUGCCCAAGAGCCAUGGAUGCUGAGCAUGGCGUCACGUAGCUGAAUCCUCGGCAUUUUGUGGAUUUAGAUCCAAGUGACUGGAAAAAAAGAACUCUUCAGGCAGAUCACCCAAAUCUGAUUUUUCUCUGCUGUAACAGUACUAUGUGAUCAGAUAAUAUUUUAUCAUGCCACUGUAUGCAAAGAAUAGAUUGUAAAAAUACUUUCGUAAAUACACUAUACUCUUCAAAUUU